UAAAAUAAAAUGAAAUAAGUUUGUGUGUGGGGGGUGUCCUUUCCUAUACUAUAUCCUGGCAUAAGUUGUUUGAGGAUUUACCUCAAAACUGCUGGGUUAAUUAAUAGAUUGUGAUAGGCUAAUACAAGUUUUCCCUUUAUCAUCUGCAAAGAUCUGCUUCUCACACUCCAAUACAGUAGAACCAAAGAGUAUAGAAGUACCACCAAUAAAACCGAAGAAGAAGAAGAUGUUGUUUGCGGAAGUUGCGUCUGAAAUACCGGAAGAAUUUUUUUUCGCGGGAGCAGAUGAAGAUGGAGGACCGCAGACUGAAGCAAAAAGUUAGCUCUGGAUUUAAAAUGCGCGGAUUGAUCCUACGACCUGAGUCCAGCCGUUAUCUGCUGCAGGUUCUGGAGUCUGUCAGUGAAGCAGAUCUGGAUGAAGUUCUUGAGCGAAUCUUAGAUGCUGUUGAAAAACAACCGCUGUCGUCCAGUAUGAUCGAGCUCUCUGUGAUAGAGAUCGCUGUGCAGGACUGCAGUCAGUCGUGUGAUGAGACCAUUGAAAAUGUUUUCAACAUUAUUGGAGCUUUUGAUGUGCCUCGAUUCAUCUAUAGCACAGAGAGAAAGAAAUUUGUACCUAUUAGCAUGACAACCCAUCCAAGCCCUAAACUCUGUGGUCAAUCCAGAGAUAAAGCUGAGCUCUUCAGAGAGCGAUACACCAUCUUACAGCAGCGGACACACAGACAUGAACUUUUCACGCCUCCUGUGAUUGGUUCAGCUCCAGACGAAGGGAGAAACAAAUUCCAGCUGAAGACAGUAGAAGCUCUUUUGGGCAGCACGGCUAAACUUGGUGAAGUGAUUGUUCUGGGCAUGAUCACACAGCUUAAAGAGGGGAAGUUCUACCUUGAGGAUCUAAGUGGCACAGUGCAGUUGAAUAUGUCAAAGGCACAGUUCCACAGUGGACUUUACACAGAGUCUUGUUUUGUCCUGGCAGAGGGAUGGUAUGAGGACUCUGUGUUUCACGUUAAUGCUUUUGGCUUCCCACCCACUGAACCCUCUUCUUUCACCAGGGCAUAUUAUGGCAAUGUAAACUUCUUUGGUGGUCCAUCAACUACCGCAGUCAAGACGUCAACCAAACUUAAGCAGCUGGAGGAGGAAAAUGAGGAUGCCAUGUUUGUUGUUGUGUCAGAUGUUUGGUUGGACAGUGUGGAGGUUCUGGAGAAGAUUCACACAAUGUUCUCAGGAUAUUCUGCUAUGCCACCCACAUGCUUUAUAUUUUGUGGGAAUUUCUCCUCGGCACCAUAUGGUAAAAACCAAAUAAAAGCACUUAAAGAGUCUUUAAAGGCACUUGCUGACCUCAUUUGUGAGUUUCCUAGCAUUCACAAAAGCAGUCGUUUUGUGUUUGUUCCUGGUCCACAAGACCCUGGGCCUGGUGCCGUAUUACCCAGAUCUCCUCUGGCUGAGCACAUCACAGAGGAGUUUAGGCAGCGUGUUCCCUUCUCAGUGUUCACCACCAACCCCUGCAGGAUUCAGUACUGCAGUCAAGAGAUUGUAGUGAUUCGGGAGGAUCUCGUCAACAAGAUGUGCAGGAACUGUGUACGAGUACCCAGCAGCAACUUGGACAUCCCCACCCAUUUUGUGAAGACCAUCUUGUCACAAGGUCAUCUGACUCCUCUUCCUCUGUAUGUCUGUCCUGUGUAUUGGGCGUAUGACCACACCCUAAGAGUGUAUCCCGUGCCUGAUGUCAUCAUCUUCGCUGACAAAUAUGACCCAUUCAACAUCUCAAACACAGACUGCCUGUGCAUCAACCCGGGGUCUUUUCCAAGAAGUGGAUUUAGCUUUAAGGUGUAUUAUCCAUCCAACCGAACUGUUGAGGACAGCAAAUUGCAAGGGCUUUAAAGCUGACAAGACACUGGAAAAUGGCACAGAUGUCAUCUGUUUAUUUAUGCUUGUAUAAAGUUUUUGAAAUGUUUAUUCCUUUAGGGCUAAUGCUCUCAUAGUAUUCAGUUUUUAGUUUAGAGAUUACAGUUAUCAAUGCUUUUUUAGUUACAUAAAAAUAAAUGGAAAAAAAUUUGGUGGUA